AUGCGAUCUUCGAUGGAGAUGACCAUUUUCGUUGCGCUUAUCAGGCAUGGUGGAAUCUUCACGCCUGAGUAUCUUGCCAAACAUCUCCACAAGAACAUUCAACUGCGCAGAAAUGCUUUGGAACUUAUCAAGUUGCCAGGCCACAUGAAGGCGAAGGAUGGCUCCACUGCCCUGGUGACCUUGGUCACAGGAAGCAUUACUCCAACAGAGAACUUGAAGCAAAAAUCAGGAGACCUCAAAGUUUAUUGUGCGAAUACCGGAGAUUGCAGAGGCGGCAGAGCGAUUCGUCUUUCAGAAGAUCACAAACCGAACCGUGGCGACGAGGAGCGACGGGUUCGGGCGGCAGGAGGCUACGUUGUCAAUAUUGGUGGAGUCUGGCGUGUGACAACUGCAGCUGGUGCAGGAGCUGGGGAGCAUCAAUACCUGGCAGUCUCGCGGACGUUUGGAGAUACUGACCUGAAGCAACCGAACAAGAUUGUCGUGAGCGAACCAGAGAUCAAGGUGUUGGAUAUCACAUCAGAGGACUGCUUCAUCGUCAUGGCCUGUGACGGCAUCUGGGACAUGCUUGAUGACCAGGAGGCUGUUGACAUCGCUGGAGAACACUUUGGACGUCCACAGGACGCGGCUGCUUCUGUGGUGCGGACCGCGUAUCAGAAAGGAAGUGGAGACAACUUGACGUGUACCGUGAUAGAGUUUGGAUGGGUAGGCGCUGAAAGGUUUCAAUCUCUGGUCGAGGACUACAAAAAGUCGCUGGAGCAGAAGGAAGAAGACCUGGACAUGUUCGGAGACUAG